UGACUCAGGCAGACUGUCAGCCGGAGAGGCGCGCAGAGGCAGGGAAAGGCCACCGGAGCGCCCCGCGUUACUCCGCCGUCCGUCGUCAUUCCCAGGCCUGAAGCGCCAGCCAUGGAGACCCCCGGGCAGAAGAGGGCCACCCGGAGCGGGGCGGCCUCGACGCCGCUCUCCCCGGCGCGCAUCACCCGCCUGCAGGAGAAGGAAGACCUGCAGGAGCUGAACGACCGCCUGGCCGUCUACAUCGACAAGGUGCGCUCGCUGGAGUCGGAGAACGCCGGCCUGCGCCUCCGCAUCACCGAGUCCGAGGAGGAGGUGAGCCGCGAGGUCACCGGCAUCAAGUCGGCCUACGAGGCCGAGCUGGCCGACGCCCGCAAGACGCUCGACUCGGUGGCCAAGGAGAGGGCGCGCCUGCAGCUGGAGCUGAGCAAAGUCCGGGAGGAGUUCAAGGAGCUCAAGGCCAGGAAUGCCAAGAAAGAAGGGGACCUGCUGGCUGCCCAGGCCCGGCUGAAGGAUGUGGAGGCCCUGCUGAACUCCAAGGAAGCCGCCCUCACCACUGCUCUGGGAGAGAAGCGAAACCUGGAAAAUGAAGUCCGUGAUUUGAAAGCCCAGUUGGCCAAGCUGGAAGCUGCUUUGGCCGAAGCCAAGAAGCAGCUGCAGGAUGAAAUGUUGCGGCGGGUCGAUGCCGAGAACAGGCUGCAGACUCUGAAGGAAGAGUUGGAAUUCCAGAAGAAUAUCUACAGCGAGGAGCUUCGCGAAACUAAACGCCGCCAUGAGACCCGCCUGGUGGAGAUCGACAGCGGUCGCCAGCAAGAGUUUGAGAGCAAGCUGGCCGAUGCCUUGCAUGAUCUAAGGAGCCAGCAUGAAGCCCAGAUCCGGCUGUACAAGGAAGAGCUAGAAAAGACUUACAGUGCCAAGUUGGAGAACGCCAAGCAGUCUGCUGAGAGGAACAGCCACAUGGCGGGGACAGCCCAUGAAGAACUACAGCAGACGCGCAUCCGCAUUGACAGCCUGUCGGCCCAGCUCAGCCAGCUGCAGAAACAGCUGUCUGCCAAGGAGGCAAAAUUGCGGGACCUGGAGGACGCUCUAGCCAGAGAAAGAGAUACUAGCCGCCGCAUCUUGUCUGAAAAGGAGCGGGAGAUGGCCGAGAUGCGGGCCCGCAUGCAGCAACAGCUGGAUGAAUACCAAGAACUGCUGGACAUCAAACUUGCCUUGGAUAUGGAGAUCAAUGCUUACCGCAAGCUCCUGGAGGGGGAGGAAGAGAGGCUGCGCCUCUCCCCAAGCCCUUCUUCCCAGAAGAGUGGUGGCAGGACCCGGAUCUCCCACGCCUCCAUGCAAAGCUCUUCCAAGAAGAGGAAGCUGGAAGAUGGAGAGAGCCGCACCAGCUUCUCGCACCAUGCCCGGACCAGUGGCCGCGUGGCCGUUGAGGAAGUGGACCUUGAAGGAAAGUUUGUCCGUCUUAGGAACAAGUCUACUGAGGACCAGUCUUUGGGAAACUGGCAGAUCAAGCGUCAGAAUGGGGAAGAAGCUCCCAUCAGCUACAGAUUCCCUCCUAAGUUCACCUUGAAAGCUGGGCAGCUAGUUACGAUCUGGGCUGCUGGUGCCGGGGUGACCCAUAACCCCCCCACUGAUAUGGUGUGGAAGAACCAGAGCUCAUGGGGAUCUGGAGACAGCCUGCGUACCGCUCUCCUCACUUCCACUGGAGAGGAAGUCGCCAUGAGAAAGCUGGUGCGCACUGUAGUUGUUGACGACGACGAUGAAGAGGAGGAUGAUGAAGUUGGCAUCCAUCACCGCCACCACCAUAGCCACUGCAGCGGCUCCGGAGACCCUGGCGAGUACAACCUGCGCUCCCGCACGGUGUUGUGUGGAACCUGUGGGCAGCCGGCGGAGAAGGCUGGCGGCACCAACGCUGCCACCAGCACCAUGUCCUCUGGAUCAUCCUCUUCCAGUGUCACCAUCACCCGUGCUUUCCGCAGCACAGGAGGGACUGGCAUUGGGGAGAGCUUGCUGCCCAGGUCUUACAUUCUGGGCAAUUCCAGCCCACGCCAGCAGGGUCCGCAAAACUGCAGCGUCAUGUAAAUCUUCUGAUUUCCCUCCCGACUUGUUCACUGCCUGAUUAUACAAAGCUAUUUGGUCCUUAUUGCACAGGAGGAAAAAAAAACAAAGAAAGAAAAAACAUUUUUAAAGAAGUUAUUUUCUACAGCAAGAAUUUAUACGUAUUAUUAUAUAUAUAAAACGCUAUAAGAUGCUUCAGGGGUUUUUUUAAGGGAAAAAAUCUUUUUUUCUAUAACAAAAAAGGCUUUAAUUUUUUUUCUUUUUUAAAAGAAGAACCAAGCCAAAGAGAUUGAGUUGUUGCCAAAAAGAGAAAAAUGUGGUUAGUUGAAUAUCUCUUUAGAUAGAUAGAUAUAUUUUUUCCUUGAAUACCAAAGCUUUCUAUUUGUUAAAAAGAAGGAAGUCCACAGAGAAGGCCAUCUUCGUUAAUGUUGCCUCCUGGGGGGUAAAUUCUGUCUUUUGCACUUAACUAGUGGGAUGUAUUGAAGAGGCAGUUGCUUCCUUAACUCAUGUUAGCCAGCGGCAUCUUCGGCCCACAUUUUCCCCUCAGGAACAGCUGUUUCAUCACUAGUGUUGGACACUCUAAAUUGAGAGUGGGGACCUUGUUUACAUACUGAGGGAGGCUUAGGGCAAUCGAUUCAUUUUUAAACGUUAAAGACCUUUGGGUUCAAAAUCCUAAACAGCACAACACAUUUAAUCCAACAUAGAUUACCCAAAAUGGAUUCCCUCUUGCUUCCGAGACCAGGUUUAAAAACACUAUUUGGGGGGGGGGCAAUGGUAAGAGGCAUGCAGGAAUAAACUCCAAAGCAUCUUUACAUUUGGCAGGAUUAUAAAGGACAGCAGGUCUUAAAAUCCCAAUUGUAUCUGAUUCCAGUUUACCCCCCUUUUUUCUUCCCUUUCAAGAAAGACACCUGUGUCGACACCAGUCAGUCCUAAUCCAGUUAGCUGCAUCUAUGUAAAAUGAAUGUGCAUCUUUUGAAAUCUGGAUUAAAAUUUCUACCCCAGAGGAUAACCUGUAUGCUGUCUAGAUUUGGGCCUCUAGUGGCUCUGGCAGUUUCGGUAGGGGCAAAGUAUUCCACCCUAAUACUUUUCCUUCAAGGAAUAUGAAUUUAAAAAAAUUAAGAGAUGCCUUAUUUUGGAAAGUAGGAUUGAAUUCUCUCACUUCGUCACAGAAAGGCUUUGGUCACUGGGUUUUCCUGGUUGUCCAGUCUGAAGACAAUUCUCUUUAAACCGAUGUGGGGGUUGCUAAACCCCCUCUCUGUCCUGCUUUGCCUGCGUUGCAGCUGCAGUCUUUAUCUCUCCCCCUAUUGCUUUGCUGUAGUAGCCAAUAUCGAUGCUGCCAGGUUGACUUUUUUAUGUACUGUAAGUUCUUCAGUGGCACUUGUGAGGGUGGAAGAGGAGGGAGAGAAUGUAUGUCAACCUAGCCAAGAUGCACCUUGAAGAAGGGGUGAUGUUUGUAGGCCGGCAGUUAGGAGAUGAGGGACGGAGGACGAGAAACCAGAAACUGCCUUGAUUAAGAAGCUUUAGUUAGCUAGGUUUUUUCCCCUCUCCUCAGAGUUUUUUUUUUUUAAUUUAAGGGGAAAUGAGCAAGACAAACAGGCCGUUCUUUCAAUUCUGGGACCAGGCACCUGUUGAAUUUAGCACGACAUCAAUUCAAACUUGGUUCCAGCAGGUCUGUAGUGAUCUCUACAGCCCCUUUGAGGAACUACAGAGCUCCUUGUGAGCAGGGGGCUACAUUAGCGGGCUCCCUGCACAACAGCAUGGGUUGCUUUCUCAAAAUGAAGGUGCCGUGGAGGGCGGGGGGAGCUUUCACCGUUGUUAAUGGGAACGGAGCUGUAUCGGUGCGGUUCCAUUGGCAAAGGUGAGAGUUCUUUGGGGGAAAUCUGGCCUAGCAGCUAUUAAAGUCUGCCCCUGCUUCCUCUCUGAGUCUCCAUUUUCUCUUCUACCUUAAAAUGAAGCAGAUAGUGAGACCUCAGAUUGGAUCUCUCUAUAUCUGACCGGCUCGGAAUUAAACUAGUUUAGAGGACAUUUGGAUGAAGCUGGGAACAAACCCUUUCCUCAGGAUGCUUCCAGCCGUGCUGUUUGCAUACCCAAAGCUGGUCCCUACAGCCUGCAGAAUCCUGCCAGCUGGAUUGGAAAGACUGAGGAAGGAGAACUGAGGCGUUCUGAACACUCCCAAAGGAUCCACAGAUGUGCUGUACUUGUAAUACAUUCUGAAGAAGCCUUCAGGGUUGGAUGAGGGCUCCUUCCACGAGAGCCUGGAUCCCAGCCCAACAUCAGAAGUCUCAUCUUUGUCUUUUGGACAUGAGAAACUGCUCUAAGAAAUUCAGGGAACAAGGUUAAAGAGACCCAGGGAGAGAAAUCCCUUAGGAUUAUUUUUUUUUCCUCAAAGAGCUGAAGGUGGUUUGAAAGGAGGAGGAAUCGCUGCUUGUGGUAUAUACACGAGUCCCUUUUUGCCUUUCUACGAACAGGUUCUGCAGGGUUUUCUUUUGUGCUUCCUAAGCCUGUUUGAACAGAGCUCCAGUGAAGCAAAAGGAAUGUGUGCUGCCCCAGGGGCAGCAAAGUGUCUGUCCAACUGUUUUCAGGUGGUUGCAUGACAUUAAAGCCUUACUUUAAUUGCUCUGCGGAGUGAGUUCGAGAUGGCCUCAAACACCCCCCCCCCACCAGAUACUGAUGGCCUAACACAAUAUUUUUGAGCACUUGCUGUCAGUGGCUGCAGCAUAGAGAACCCUGCUUACGUGCAUGUGGCCGUCUUAGGGGCAUAGCAAGGGCUGUCUCCACAAAAGGUGGCUUGCCGUGCCACAUUUCAAAUGAAUUUUUCCAGACUUGAGUGUUUUUUUUAAAAAAACAUCUCUUGCGUGGCCCUCAGAGUGAUGGGGGAGUUUUUCUGCACACACAUAUCCCCUUACGUGCUUCUGUAGGUUACAGUCAAAUAUUUUCCUCAGGUACACAAUGGCAAGCAUUGUUAGCGAGUAGACUGGCCCCACACAGCUUCUCGGCCUGCAGGUGGCAGCCUCUUCAACCCAUGUAGUGUUCUACCUGCACCAUGGUCUUAAUCCAGGGUGGGGAAAAGGGCUUUGUGGAAAAACCACACGCUAAAACGCAAACGCUGUUGGCUGCUACCAGCUACCAUCUCUCCUCAGUGUUCCUUUUGUCCCUUGGCAAGUAGCUGUCAGAGCUUGAAUCCUGACGCUGCCCCAUCUCUGACCUCUCCUCUGCCCUUCCUGGCAAGGGUCCACCGCCCGAAGACCAGUUCUCCACAGGAAGCCACUUUUUUGCUUUUUCUUUCUGUUCUGCCGCUGAUUUUGGAUGCUGACGAGGUGGGUCUGAUGAGGCCUGCUUUGCUGAGAACGUGGCAAUAUUGCAAUGUUUCUGUAUUUUCUUAAACCAAUACACUUAAGGAAUUCUACCAA